AUGUUUUACGAAGAAAUGCCGCCAAGAUCAGAGAAACCAAGCGAUCUCUUUCAUAUUUCGAAGAGACACUCCGCGAGCUUCAGGCGCAAGAUGCAGCAGAAUGAGCCUGGACGCUCUUCUGGUCUUCAGGUUCCUCCGAAGGAGGACCGCGACAACCCGCUGGCAGCGCACAUAUCUAUGAAGCGUUCUCUCGAUUCAAGUGCUUCCGGAUCGCCCCAAACCAAACCAUACUUUAACCUCGAUAUAAUCGAACCCAAGACUCCCCUUACAUCAGCUAAAAUCUCGAAAAUGCUGCAUCGAGUUCGAACUUCAAAAAUCACUGUCGACAAGGCAAACGAAGUCGAAAUUGCUGCUUACGACAAGCAAGUCGGCGAAACACAUGCGGAAAAAGGCAUUUAUGGAGAGCGGACAUGGGUUACUGCUGGCGCUGGUCAUCCAAAAUCGGCGGACCUGAACGUCCCUCUUAGCUUUGGCGCUGCUCCUCCUGGUGGCUUUGGUCCUCAGGGAAGCAUGGGAGAUGGUAUACCACAGCAACCAUCUGAAGGUAUCGAGGCAUGGUUGGCAGUCGAGCCUGCAAGUGCUAUUCUCUUGCAUUCGAACUUUGGUCGACAAGGUGCUAUGCGUAAACGGAAGGGCGAACAUGAGAUGAACGGGCACAAGUUUGUUCAAAAGCAGUUUUAUCAGCUCAUGUUCUGCACCUUUUGCAGCGACUUCUUACUCAACGCCACGGAUUACCAGCGCAAGGAUUGCCGUUACACAUGUCAUAAAAAGUGCCAUGAAAAGGUUGUCACAAAAUGUAUCUCGAAGUCCAAUACUGGAGUUAAUGUGCACCAGGAGGGUGAAAGGAGGUGGGUGAGUGAGAGAAUAAGGGUGGGAGGGUGUGGAAGAGAAACUCAGGAGCUACCAGGGACUAGUACUGAGAGGCUUCGACGUACACUCGUCGACGCGGUGCUGGAGGGUACUGGCAAGAGCAAGAACUUUCCGGUGCUCCUGAGACCGAGGCAGAUCUGUUUGGUCGUCAACAACCUUCGCUACCCGCUACCCCGCCCAGCGGAUAUCCCCAGGCUCCGUAUUGCCCAGCAGCAACAACAACAACAGCGCCCGCUCAACGGGCCUCCUCUUGGCACAAGACUACCAUCUGCUGGCGUUAAAGCACCACCAGAGUACGCCCAAGAACCUCCGCGUCCUCGGACAGGUUUGGUUACCCAGGGUACUCGUCCGCCUGUGCCCCCAAUCCCGGUGCAAACAAAGAUAGGCUUUCCCUCAUCGCCGAUGCAACGACCGCCUGAUCGUUCCAGCAGUUUCACCGACGGCGCAAACACCACCCCAACAGCCGCAGAUUCAAAGACAACAAUAAUAGCAGCAGCGUCAGCCUAUCAGAGGCGCAAGGUCGGCUUGGAUAAUUUCAAUUUCUUAGCUGUACUGGGUAAAGGUAACUUUGGUAAAGUCAUGUUGGCGGAAGAGAAGAAAACGAACGUGUUUUAUGCGAUCAAGGUCUUGAAGGAGUUUAUCAUGGAUAACGAUGAGGUUGAGAGCACCCGAUCAGAUAAGCAUACCGAGACACGAGUGUACUUUGUCAUGAUAUAUGUUAGCGGUGAUCACAUGUUGCACAUUCAACGAAAGCAAUUCUUGCUACGACAAGCUAAGCUUUACGCAUCCUAG